CCCUCACUGCUCUCUCCACUGGAUCCCCUUCUGGAUCUGUCUCUGUAUAAUGCACUGGAUCCCUUUCUGGACUCUCCGCUGGGGGCUUUUUCUUACACACUUUACUGGAUCUCUCUCUCUCAGCAUACUGCAGUAGAUCCCUUUCUGGGCACUCCACUGGAUUCCUCCCUUCAUAGUGCAGUGGAUCCCUUUCUGGACACUCCAUUGGACUUGCUGCGCUGGAUCCCUGUCUUGACAUUUCACUGGAUUCCUAUCUAAAUACUGCAUUGGAUCUCUCUCUCUGCAUAUUAUCCUGGGUCCCCCUCGGUAGGGAUCCCUCAGAAGAGAGUGAGAGUGAACACUCAUUCCUGACAUUAGUGUCAUUCCAGGCUGGUAAGUGAGUAACUUUGCCUUAAGUGCCCAGCCUGAUUCCACCUUGCAUGAGGAGUGCAGCUCUUUAGUUUUGGCAGCUGCCCAUGCAGGUGGAUAUUCCCAGCAGACUUUGUGGUGAUCCUGCUGCGUCCAGAGGGGGGUUAUCAGCAGGUGAAGUGCACUCCUACUCCUCUUGGUGGCUUCUUAAUUCUUUCUCUGGUUUUGAGGUCUUCUCGGGGUCCAUGGCUGGGACCAUGAGAUUUAAUGGCAGGCUGAGGCUGAGGAUUGGGGAAGCUGUGGGUCUGCAGCCCACCAGGUGGUCCAUGAGACAUUCAGUCCUAAAGAAAGAUUCCUACUUAUUGGACCCCUACAUCACCAUCAAUGUGGAUGAAUGCAGAGUCGGGCAGACCAGCGUCAAACACAAGACCAACAAGCCCACCUACAAUGAGGAGUUCGGUGUAACUGUGUCUGAUGGCAGUAAAGUGGAGCUGGCUGUGUUCCAUGAGACCUCCAUUGGGUAUGACAACUUCGUGGCCAACUGUAACCUCAGUUUCCAUGAACUUCUCAGGAGCUGUGGACCCUCUGACUGCUUUGAAGGCUGGAUUGAUUUAGAGCCCGAAGGCAAAGUGUUCGUUGCCAUUACCCUCAUCGGCAGUAUAACAGAAGGUAUGUUACAGGAUGGAAGGCUCAUAAAACAUUUCACCCGGAAGCGCCAAAGGGCCAUGAGAAGAAGGGUUCACCAAGUCAACGGUCACAAGUUCAUGGCCACGUAUCUCCGGCAGCCCACAUAUUGUUCUCACUGCAAGGACUUCAUCUGGGGAGUAUUCGGAAAGCAGGGGUACCAGUGCCAAGUCUGCACGUGCGUGGUCCACAAGCGCUGCCAUCAGCUGAUCGUCACCGCCUGCACGUGCACGAACAGCCAGGCCAAAGUGGAAGCCAAGAUAUACGAACAGAGGUUCGGGAUCAACUUACCGCACAAAUUCCGUGAUCACAAUUACAAGGUCCCGACGUUCUGCGAUCACUGCGGGUCUUUGCUGUGGGGGCUGGUGAAGCAGGGACUGCAGUGUAAAAUGUGCAAAAUGAAUGUGCAUAAGCGAUGUAAAGCAAGCGUGGCCCACAACUGUGGCGUGAAUUCCGUGGAACUGGCAAACGCCUUGGCCGGGAUGGGCCUUCAGCCUGCGAAUUUCGCCUUUAAUCCGCAUUCGGACUCCACCUCGACGAGAUCGGACUGCGACAGCGACACUCAAUCAAACUUGUCGUCCCAUUUUAAAUUUGGAUUUGAUGACUUCACGUUUCUUCGUGUUCUGGGGAAAGGCAGCUUUGGAAAAGUCUUGCUGGCCAGAUCGAGGGACACGGACAAUCUGUACGCCGUGAAAGUGCUCAAGAAGGACGUGAUUCUCCAGGACGACGAUGUUGAGUGUACGAUGACCGAGAAGCGCAUCCUCUCCUUGGCUUGUAACCAUCCGUUCCUCACCCAGCUGUUCUGCUGCUUCCAAACUCAGGACAGACUUUUUUUCGUCAUGGAGUUUGUGAACGGAGGCGACCUGAUGUUCCACAUUCAGAAAUCCCGGCGAUUUGACGAAAGCCGAGCCUGCUUCUACAGCGCGGAAAUCACGCUGGCCCUCAUGUUCCUCCAUGAUAACGGAGUCAUCUACAGAGAUCUGAAGCUGGACAAUGUGUUGUUGGACCACGAGGGGCACUGUAAGCUGGCCGACUUCGGGAUGUGCAAAGAGGGGAUCCGGGAAGGCUGCACGACGUCGACCUUCUGCGGGACCCCCGAUUACAUCGCACCGGAGAUUCUGCAGGAGAUGCAGUACGGCCCUCUUGUGGACUGGUGGGCCAUGGGCGUUCUCCUGUACGAGAUGCUUUGCGGCCAUGCACCGUUCGAGGCGGAAAAUGAAGACGACCUUUUUGAAGCCAUAUUGAACGAUGAGGUUAACUACCCCGCUUGGCUCUCACAAGAUGCCGUCGCGAUCCUGCAGGCUUUCAUGAAGAAGAAUCCCAACAAGCGUUUGGGAAGUAUGGCUCAGGGUGGAGAGAGGGAGAUUCAAAUGCAUCCGUUCUUUAAACAAAUCAACUGGGAUCAACUCAACAGGAAAGAAAUUGAACCGCCGUUCAGACCCCGCAUUAAAACUAAGGAAGACGUUAGCAACUUCGACCCAGAAUUCAUCAAGGAGGAUGCAGUAUUAACCCCCAUCGACGAUAGGCUGGUCCCCAUGAUUAACCAGGGCGAGUUCAGAAACUUUUCGUACACUGCCCCCGAGCAUUCCAGCCUUUCCCACCAUGACAAUGCCAGGGUGUAAGCAAGCGCGCAUCUCUCGUGACUUCCUAUUUAAGCAAAAGACCACGACAGCGGAGGACAGAAUGAAGAAAACAUUAGCUAGUGUGUCUUGUUGACUUAGUGCAUUCCUACGCCAAGGAGGUUAAUUAUUUAUAACCCUGGCACUAUCUCCGUGUCUUGAGAGUAAGCCUCGGAUGAUCUUGGAAGAAUAAACUUUUCUGCUUGAGACGCGUGAAAGGCUCGUUUGAAGAAUGGAUGGGAUUUUUGCCAGAUUAUAUCCGACACGGCCUUGCUUUCUCCAGCAUAAACUUCAUUCUUCUCUAGAAGAUGAGCCAGGACAAGCCCAGAAGGGACGUGGCUGUUGACCACAGUUAUGCCGCAUUCUGGAACUUUGAUACAUUUUAUCAAUAAGGGAACCUUCGCAAAACGUUCAUUCAAAGUGCCUCUGAUGGUUGAUAUUUACAGCAGUGCAAAGUAUGACCUUUUGGGUGUUAAUGUGUCCUUCUGGCACCAUCCCAAAUGUAUUAGAUGUUUAUGGGACCUUCUGGAAACGCAUAACAGGUUAUUUUUGGAAUAAAGCGAAUGAAUGAAAA